AUGUUGUUGCCAAGGGUAGCUCUAGUGUUGAUUAUAGCAACUCUGUGUACUGUGGAGGGUAGGCCUCAUCGGAUUCUUGUGGAUACUGAUGUUGAUACUGAUGAUUUCUUUGCGCUGCUCUAUCUUUUGAAGCUCAACAGAUCAGAAUUUGAAUUGGAGGCAAUCACCAUCAAUGCAAAUGGUUGGACCAGUGCCGGUCAUGCUGUAAAUCAAAUUUAUGACAUACUUUACAUGAUGGGGCGAGAUGAUAUUGCUGUUGGAGUGGGAGGUGAGGGUGGAAUACUACAAAAUGGUACCAUACUCCCAAAUGUUGGUGGAUAUCUUCCAAUUAUAGAACAGGGGUUGACAACAGUAGGGGGUUGCAGAUACAGGCGUGCCAUUCCUUUAGGUCUUGGAGGGCGCUUAGAUAUCGAUGCAAACUAUGGCAUCAGAAAAGCUUUCCUUCCACAGGGGAAAAGGAAAUAUACUCCACUGAGACAACCUACUGCUCAGCAAGUGCUGAUUGAAAAAAUAUCCGCAGGUCCCAUAACUGUGUUUGAGAUUGGAGCACAUACAAACAUUGCAAUUUUCCUUAUGAAUAACCCACACCUAAAGAAAAAUGUGGAGCAUAUUUAUAUCAUGGGUGGUGGGGUAAGGUCAAGCAACCCAACUGGUUGUUGCCCCAAAAAUGCUUCCUCUUCCUGCGUGCCUCGGCAGUGUGGUGACCGUGGCAAUAUGUUCACAGAUUAUAACACUAACCCUUUUGCAGAGUUCAAUAUAUUUGGAGACCCUUUUGCAGCAUAUCAGGUGAUUCAUUCUGGAAUUCCUGUCACUCUUGUUCCUCUUGACGCAACAAACACAAUUCCCAUCAAUGAAGAAUUCUUCAAUGCAUUUGAAAAGAGUCAAGACACUUAUGAGACCCAAUACUGUUUCAAAUCCUUGAAAAUGGCUCGUGAUACUUGGUUUGACAACGAAUUCUAUUCGAGUUAUUUUAUGUGGGACUCUUUCACAGCUGGUGUGGCUGUCUCAAUUAUGAGUAAAUCCAAUGACUAUAAAGGGGAAAAUGAAUUUGCUGAAAUGGAGUAUAUGAACAUAACUGUAAUUACCUCAAACAAACCUUAUGGGAUAUCUGAUGGCUCCAAUCCAUUCUUUGAUAACGUAAAAGUUCCAAAGUUCAAUCUAGAAAAAGGUGGGGUGCAUAGUGGUCAUAUUCAACAAGGACUUAGAGAUCCGCUUUGCUUUGUGAAGAAUGGGAAAGGGAGAUGUCAGGAUGGUUACACAGCAGAGGUACAUGGUCCAGACUCAGUGAGAGUACUUGUUGCCCAAAAAGCAAAGCCUAAUCGGGAUGUUGGGAGUUCACUUGACAGAGAAUAUUUCAAAAGCUUCUUAAAUGUUCUAAAGCAACCCCAACAUGCGGGGAGGUUCAACUUCACUACACAGUUUCCUUACUACAGAGAAGUAACUUACAAGCCAGAUUUUCAUAAUAAAAGACUGGGGAAACCAGUUGUGUUUGACAUGGACAUGAGUGCAGGAGAUUUUCUGGCAUUAUUUUACCUCCUAAAAGUGCCUCAUCAAGUAAUCAACCUUAAGGCAAUCAUUGUGAGCCCAACUGGAUGGGCAAAUCCUGCAACUAUAGAUAUCAUCUAUGACUUACUGCACAUGAUGGGUCGUGAUGAUAUCCCAGUUGGUCUAGGAGAUGUUUUUGCAAUGAAUCAGUCAGAUCCAACAUUCCCAGCUGUUGGAGAAUGCAAGUAUGUUAAAGCCAUUCCCCACGGGAAUGGAGGGUUCCUGGACUCUGACACUCUUUAUGGUCUUGCUCGUGAUCUACCACGCAGCCCAAGAAGGUAUACAGCAGAAAACUCAGUGAAAUUCGGGGCUCCUCGGGAUACUGAUCACCCUGAACUCAGACAACCACUAGCUAUGGAAGUUUGGGAGUCUAUAUUGCAAUCAACUAAACCAGGGUCUAAGAUUACAGUAUUAACCAAUGGACCAUUGACUAAUUUGGCAAAGGUUGUAGCGGUGAAAAACAUAAGCUCUAGAAUUCAGGAGGUUUAUGUAGUGGGGGGACACAUCAGCAGGAAUGCCAAUGACAAAGGAAAUGUCUUUUCAGUUCCUUACAACCAAUACGCAGAAUUCAAUAUAUUCCUGGAUCCCUUAGCAGCCAAGACAGUGUUUGAAUCAAAAGUUAACAUCACACUCAUUCCACUCAGUGCCCAGCGCAGAGUAAGUUCGUUUUCAACUAUCAUAGGCUGGUUGCAUGGGACACCAAAGACACCGGAGGCUGUGUUUUCCAAGCGUCUUCUGUCUAGACUAUACCGUUUGAAGCAAAUCCACAACAGAUAUCAGCAUAUGGACACAUUCUUAGGGGAAAUUCUUGGUGCAGUUGUCUUGGCUGAUAGCCUUUCUAGUCUUGAUCCAAAGUUUGAGGUCAAACCCAUUAAAGUCUUAGCUGAUGGCGUUGAAUCCACUAAUGGAAAAAUUGUGGUGGAUGAGAAACAUGGAAAAUUAGUCAAAAUUUUAAGCCAAGUGGAUGACAAGGCUUAUUAUAAUUUGUAUGCUAACAAGCUUGGUGAUCAGGACCAAUCAGCUAAGGUAGGCAGCUUUGAAGAACAAAGUCGACAAUGGAGUCAUCCUUCUAAUAAAAUAUAG